AUGGAUUUUCUAGAUCUUGUCCCUAGCGGCUUUGUGCCCCGGCCGCUGAAGGUUGUCGUGAUUGGAGCUGGAAUUUCUGGCAUUCAAUUUGCCCACGAUGCGACGACUUCGCUAUCAGGUAUCGACCUGGAGAUCUAUGACCGGAACCCCUGCCUAGGGGGAACGUGGUACGAGAAUCGGUAUCCUGGAUGCACCUGUGACGUCCCCUCCCACACCUACCAGUUCAGCUGGGCACCCAACCCAUCCUGGUCAUCACUGUACCCACCGGCCCCCGAGAUUCGUGCCUACCUGGAAGGGGUAGUCGACAAGCACCAUCUUCGACGAUUUAUGUCAUUCAACACAGAGUGUCUCUCAGCUCACUGGCACGAAGAUGACUCACAAUGGGAGAUCGUCCUUCGUAAUGUGCUCACCAAGGAGGAGAAGGUCAUUUGGUCUGAUGCAUUUAUCUAUGCCGUUGGUCGACUCAACAACUACAAAACCCCCCAGAUUCCCGGCCAGGAAAAGUUCCGGGGCCGGCAGGUUCACACUGCGAACUGGCCGACUGAGUUGAACGCUAAGGACAAGCGAGUGGUUGUCAUUGGCAAUGGAGCAAGUGCGGUGCAAUGCGUGGCAGCCCUACAACCAGAUUCCACCGAGCAGAAGCAAUUCCUCCAAUCAAAUCCUGAGCAAUAUUACAGCUUUUGCAUCGGACUGGAGAAGAAACUCGCCGCUGGCUUCCCAGGCCUGUGGAAAGGGACAGCAUCCCAAGCCCAAUUUACCUCCCUGUCUCAAUCAUUCAUGAAGACCAAGAUCACAAACCCCGAUCUUCUCAGCGCACUGCUACCAAAGUUCGAAGCUGGCUGCCGCCGAUUUACCCCCGGUGGUCAUUAUUUGGACGCCAUACAGAAGCCCAACGCUGAAUACGUGAAAGAUUCCAUUGCCGAGUUGACCGAAGAUAGCCUGGUCACUGCUUCGGGCAGGCAGAUCGAUUGUGACAUUGUGGUGUAUGCCACCGGAUUUGAGCCUCACCAGCCUCGCUUCCCAGUGAUCGGUCGUGCUGGACAAUCUCUGGCCGAGGACUGGGAUCGCGAGGGACCCUGCGAGAGCUAUAUGGCCGCGAUGGUUGCUGGAUUCCCUAACUUUUUCGGUUCGUAUCAACUCCCCUCAUGCACGUUGCCCCAUCGUUUGCUAACAGGCAAUGCGUCAAAUAUAGCUUUCAACCCUCCUAUCUGCCCCGCCAUUGGCUCAGCCGUCCCAGGCAUCGAGCGAGCAAGCAACUACAUGGCCCGGGUGCUGGCUCGACUACAGACCAACAGACUGCGCUCAGUCUGCGUGACAAGCAAGGCUCAGCGCGAGUUCAACCAGUGGGUGCAGUCAAGAAUGCCGCAGAUGGUCUGGUCAGGACCAUGUAACUCAUCGUAUAAAAAUGGGCAAGGAAAGGUCAUCGUGCCCUGGCCGGGUACUAUGCUGCACUACUACGCGGCAACAGCCAUCGUGCGCUGGGAAGACUUUGAUCUUGAAUUCGAGAGCCCAGGCCAGAAAUACGAGAGCUUUGGUAACGGAGUGACAUCGGAUGGCUUUGUCCCUGACCAAUUCCCUUGGGUCCAUCCUCCGAGCCCGCAGGUCGUGGUUGCGAGGAAAGCCGAGGUACCCAUUACCACCGCUACCACUGCCACCACUGCCACUUCUACUGCCCUUUCAAUGCGGGGCUUGAAAUGUUAA